AUGUCCCUCUCGAGAUCGCCCUCCCCCCGCCGUGGAGGAGGAUGGUCCAGUCCCGGGCUGACCAUUGCCACAGGCAGCUCUAGAGGCUCCAGCCCGCCGAGGGGUUACCAUGACACCGCAAACAGCAGUACAAGCAGUGGGAGCGGAGCUUUCCACCCAAACAGUUCACCAAUCGCCGGUGCUGGCCCCGGCAAUGGUGCCGUCACCUGGGCUUCCGCAAAGGCAAAGAGUGACCGCAUAGCCGCCUACCCUUCCUUUUCCACCCGGAACAAUGGCUUCUUCUCCAGACAGCGGCGAAAAAUCUCCGCGAGCCUACCGCGGUUCCGUGUCAAUUCCAUGCUUGAUUACGGCGAGAAGGAAAAGUUGGGCCGCGGGCGAUGGUUGGCGCGCGGCCCCGGCGACCUGCCGUUGCGCGUCCGCCUCAAAACUCUCCUGGGCAGCUUGAUUCGCCGGAAGAGGUUCAGAUUCAUGCUCCUGUUGCUGUUCUUGUUCUUCUUCUGGCUGUUCUUUUCAACUCGGAUCAUACAGUCCUACCGCGCAUCGUCGAUGGGUGGGGGUAAGAAGAUUGUGUUGGUUGUGGGUGCGAAUAUUGGCGGAGGAGUGAUGGAAUGGAAAGGCGCUCGCGAAUGGGCGAUUGAGCGGGAUAGUUUGAAAAACAAGAGAAAAUACGUUCAGCGCUGGGGCUACGAGCUCGAAAUCGUCAACAUGGUUACGCAGAAGCGAUAUGCACAUGAAUGGAGGGAAGGAUGGGAGAAAGUCGACGCCCUCCGCCAGGCUUUUCGACGAUAUCCUAAUGCAGAAUGGUUCUGGUGGCUUGACCUUCACACCUACAUCAUGGAACCCACCUACUCCCUCCAGUCGCACGUCCUCAACCACCUCGACACCAACGCCUACCGCGACAUCAAUUUCUUCAACCCGCUCAAUAUCUCCCACCCCCUGAACGCGUCAUACCUGGAUCCAUUCUCCCGCUCCAUAACCGGCGACAACAAAACCUCCUCCAUAAAUAUGAUCCUCACGCAGGACUGCUCUGGCUUCAGCCUGGGCUCCUUCGUCGUCCGGCGCAGCCCCUGGACCGAGCGCCUGCUCGACAUAUGGUGGGAUCCCGCCCUCUACGAACAGAAGCACCUGGCCUGGACUCAUAAGGAGCAGGACAGCCUGCAACAUGUCUACAUCAACCAUCCGUGGGUGCGUCCGCACGUCGCCUUCAUGCCGCAGCGGCGCAUGAACUCGUUCCCGCCGGGCGCGUGCGGCAACGGCACGGACCGGCGUAUCCACUACCAGCGCAAUGACCGAGAUUUCAUCGUCAACAUGGCUGGCUGCGAGUGGGGAAGGGACUGCUGGGGGGAGAUGUGGUAUUAUCGCCAGCUGGGUUACUUCCUCAACCGGUCCUGGUGGGAGCGCUUCAAGGAGGGGCUGGCGGAUAUAUUUUUCAAAAUGAUUGGUAGGCCGCUAAAGAGGCAGUUUUGA